AUGACCAAGUUACAAAGUGUACACUCCAGUACAACCAUCGACUUCAGUACCAGAACCUCUACCAUCCACCUCAGCCCAGUAGGACCACAGCAUAACUCCACUCUCUUCUCAAUCAUCGACAAACACCAGCACCCACAAUUUAAGUGUGUUGUCCAGUCAUACCUUCAUUGGCUAGAUGACAGUGAUUACAAUCCUGUGUGCCGGAUAUGUGAUGACCAGUUAGCCACAGGGGAGUGUAUACGUCUUGUAUGUUAUGAUUUGUUUCACAAAGAGUGCCUAAAUGAUUGGGCAAGCCGAUUACCACCCAACACAGCACCUGCUGGAUAUAAAUGCCCUGUCUGCUCAAAGGCAAUAUUUCCUCCUCCAAAUCUUGUGUCUCCUAUUGCUGAUCGAUUACAGGAGGCACUUGCAGUCUUCCCAUGGGCACGCACUGGACUGGGUUUGCCUUUGGUAAUAUAGAUUCUUUUGUAUGUUUGUAUGUGUUUCUUUAAUACAGUUAAUUGAGUAAUAAAAAAUUCUAGCAAGGGAGCUCAAGUGAUGUCAUAAAUUUUAUUGUUUCCUGUUAAAUAGACUUUGAGUAAAUAAUAAAAAAUAUAUUUGAA